AUGCAUUUUGUGGGCCCACUGCCUGCCGAACCAAAAUAUUUGAUAUUACAUGAAGUUCAUCACUAGGAUGAAGACAAUAUGGCGGACAAGAAGGUAUGUAACUUCUCAGGCCUCCUUUUGAGAGUGUCUUUUGACUUUUUUUUACUUCUUUCCAGUUUCCAAAUUGUUUAGAGAUAAUAUGGACUGUGUUUAAUGUUUAAUACAUUCCUUCAUGACUUCCAUGAAGAUGGUCACUGUGACUGGCGUAGAAACUAGAAAGAAGAAAGGUUUUGCUUUCAGGCUCAGUCGGAAUUGGGGGGGGAGGGCGGUUUACCAGGAAUAUACCAAUGUACUCGAUUUAGACCAGGCAGACAAGCUUGCCCUAGAUUUUUGGGUCUUCUCUGAUCGGAGUUCACAUUGUCAAUUUUUCAUCUUCAUAUUUUUAAAAUCUUCAUCCUCAAAUUUUAUAUAUAGUCUACUGUGUCUACACCAAAGUGCCAAACAUUUCAUGCUGUCUUCAGUAUAGACUAAAGCAUGGUAUAUAUCUUUCGGUAUGGAUUAAAGCAUGAAGAUUUCAAUUCUGAGGUCCAUUUUUGGCAAGAUCUGUAGAUAGUGGGAUGAAAAAUGGAUGAUGUCAACUCGGAUCGGAGAAUAUACUGGUAUAUUCCUGACGUGUAAAGAAAUUUCAGCUGAAAUUCUGUCUGUGUAUUCAAGAAAAUCCAUGUAUUUUUGAUAAAAUUAAAUAAAAUUAACGCCUGUAUUGGAACUCGUGUACAGAGAGCAAGCUUCAUGCACAACAACACACUUUAAUACUGUAGAUAUUACUACCUUGUUUGUGCUUACAAAGCAGCUAUUCUCAGAUGUUCUGCUUUAAUUUCCAUGCAACUGCUAUGCCCCAUGGAAAUAUUCCCUGAACAAAAAUAAGAUUAUUAUUAUUAUUACUGUCUGAGGUAUAUUGAGCAAUCAUCAACCUAAGUAUACCGGGUAUUAAUCUUGGGUAAUUAAAUGUAGGCUUUAUACAUAGGAGAGACCAAAGUAGUCUUAUCUAGGGUUUUUUAAUUCAAUAUGAUACCAUUUUGGUCAAUACCAAUACUAACUAUCAUGUUUAAUAAAUGAAAGUGAUCAUGAACUACUCUAUCUGUACAACUUGUGUCUUCUGCCUUUUACAAAUACAGUCACAAGGUGAAAAUCUGAGUUCAUAUAGCCCUAUCAUUCAACAUUACUUUGUGAAAUAUUGCAUACACUAACAGUCAUACUACAUGCAAACAAUGCACUACAUUUCUGUGGCUUUUAUGCUGAUUGUUGUGAUUGAACAUAUCGCAGGCUCGAGCGGUAUGGGAAUUACCAAUACUUUUCUCAAGCAUGAAACAUAUUGAUACUUUUGUAGUACUGAUCGUCUUGAUAUUUGGUAUCAGUAUCGGCCCAUCCCUUGCUAAUAGUUAUGAAAACAAUUAUGAAUAUUGCUGACGAACUAGUCGAUAACAAAAAUCGUUCUUGCCGACAAUUGCAGAAUAGAAGUUAGCAAAUGUCACUGACUAAUGAAAACAAUGGCAAUGCUUUUCAGUAGCACUGUUGGUGUUGAAUAGUGAAAGCUACUAGCUAGUAAUUUGAGACACCAAUGAAUAUUUUAUGUGACAUAAUUUUAGGGAAAUGUUGAGCUAUCAUCGACUGUCAAUCAAAGACAACAAAGACGUCAAGAGUAAUAUAAUAUUAACAUUUUAUUAUAUAAUAGAGAGUGAGAUACUGAAAAAUACACAGUGAGAUAUUUUCCAUAUCUUCUGCACUAUGGUGAAGAUAUCGAUCACGUGAAUUCAAAAUUUCACAAUUUUUUGCUUGGGACUAUAUAAUAAACAGAACAUUACACGGUGGCUUGAAAAUAUGACUUUUAUCAAUUUUAUCUUUUAUUUCACCACCCGAAGAUAAAAGUCAUAUCUUCGCGCCGCCAUGUAAUAUCCUCUAUAUAUUAAAUAUUAUAAUAUUGUAAUUAUAAUAUAUGUUCACAUUAGCUGAAUUUAUAUUAGAAGCGGGUGGAUUUCUGUCUAAGACGGGAAACUCGUGUAACGGAUUUCGGCUGGUAUGACUACGUCAUGUAAUGUACACUAUAGUGGACCAAUACUAUAUGACAAUUUAUAUGAAAGAGAGACUUCGAGCAAGUCUAGUAUGAAUAUGAAACGAAAACCAUCCGACGGAUAAACACGAAAAAAUAGGAGACCCUCCAUCCCAGUCUCUUUUCAGCGUUACGAGCAGAAACCCGUUUUGAUUUAUUCGUCUGAUAUAAAUUUAAGAGGAGUUUCCUGUCUAAGGGCCUGUUCAUAUGGGCAGAAGUUAUCCCGGUUAGCGAGAAAACUUUUCGACAAGUUUACGAGCGAGAUCUCGCCUUGUUACGAAAAUAAUAUGAAAAGUUACAUUGCGUUCAUAUGAGACGAAAAGUUUUCGCGUGUACCGAGAUCUCGCUUGUUGACAGGCGAGAUCUCGGUGACCGGGAUAAUGUUUUCCCCAUAUGAACACAACUUUAGCGGGAUAACUUUUUGUCGUGUCAGCAACUUUUCAAUUCAAUUGAUGUUCAGUGCUACGUCACAGCCGGAAACUUUUCCCGGUAAGUGGGAUAAUAUUUCUCCAUAUGAACAGAACAAAAGUAUUUGGCUAGUCGAAAAUUUCUCUCGUUAACCGGGAUAACUUUUGCCCAUAUGAACAGGCCCUUAGACAGAAAAGUUGGUUGAGACGGAAAACCCGUCGUUAACCGAAUUUAUAUCUGGACGAGUUUCUCGUCUUAGACGAAUUCCCCGUCUCAGACGGAAAUCUGGUCUUCUAAUAUGAAUUCAGCUAUUUAGUUGAUAACCAAAUCAAACUGUCGAGUGAGCACAAUCUCUUGCAAAUAAGGCAACUUUUAACCAGAACUUUGGGGGGAUUAAUGAUAUAACAUGUAUGGCCUCUUUUAAGGAUUUUUCAGGGGGCAUCAAGGAAAAGGGUAGUGAUUGACCGAUAAUCGGAAUCUGGCCGAUUUUUGCCUUAAUAAUCGGUAGACAAUGGGCAGAAUCACUCCGUAUUUCCGAUUGUGUAAAACCGAUUGUUGAGAAAAUACGCACUUUGUCUUUAAAAAUUAUAUACAUUGCACGUUGAUACACAUUGCGUGUACAAACGCUCAACCAGAAUCCGCUUUUUUUAUGAAAAAAAUGAAAAUCAAAUGUUUAAUCUUUCGCACGAACGGUAGCAUGUUGCAUUUUAGGUGUGCCGGGCCGCCGGCAAUUAAUGCGUGAAGCGUGCCAUUUAUGAACGGUUUUAACCCUGUUUUAUUAACGAACUUUGGUUGCAGUAAAAUUUUCAUUAAAAAAUCACCUGACUGAAUCACCUAAAAAAUCACCUGACUGAAUCACCUAAAAAAUCAAUAGAAGUCCUGACAUUAUGACGUCAUUGUAAAAUUGGUAAUUUCCGAUUGUGGCACAAUCUGUCAAUCACUAGAAAGGGACGUAACUAGGGGGACUAGAAAGGGACGUAGUGAAUUGGAAAAAUGAGAGGACCCCCAGCAAAAGGUUGGUAUUUUUCAGACUCUGGGGCUUGAUUUCCUGUAUUUUGAGACAAAACAUUCAGGAACCUUCAACAGGGUGCAACAUAUUUUACUAUGUUGGGCCGGCUGGGGAGGGGGGCGGGGUAUGGGAGGGAUUUUCGAAACGCUUAAAAUUUUUACCACAUUGUUUUAUUGCUUUUCAAUUAUUUCCCACAUUUUGGCCCAGCGUGCGUUUAAAUUUGCCCAACUUCAUUUUGCUCAGCUGUCCCCUGCCCCGUACGCUUAUGUUUGUACUAUUUUUAUGUUAUUCAGCACUCCCAUAUUUUGUUAGUCUAAACACACGUUUAUGGACAAUAAUCAGUUCAUCAAUAUUUGUCUCGCCUAGAUGGUGGAAAAAGAAACGACGAAAUACAGAACAAACCGACGCGAACAAUGGUUAGUUUUCUAUACUGUUUAUUAUAUAUGUUUCAGCGACUCGAGUGUUCUUUUUUCUUUAUCAUAGAACAACCAAAAAGGAAAAGAAAGAAUUUAAAACAAGCGGAAAAGAAUAAAGAAGAAGAGAUACGGGAAGAGACCGACACAAAAACAGGAAGUUCAAGAUUUAUUUUAUUUAUUGGUACAAAUUAUAGAUUAUUUUCUAGUUAGACCUCCCCACAUUUUAUGUGAUAUAUUAUUUCCCUGAUUUGUCUUUGUAAGCGCUUAUGACGAGUUAACAUGAAGUAUUGUAAACGCGAAGGGGCUGAUGCGCAGAGUGCACUUGACUCUUUCCAACAGCCCCUCCGUGCGUCUCCCAACUGUCUAAAUACUUCAUGAUUAUGUAUCUGUUAUAUUGCCAAGAGAUAAUAAAGUGUCUGGGUACGAGACAGGUUCCUGAUGGAACACCCGUCAAGACGAAUUACGUAAAUGAGCAGUGGCCGACACAAGGGGAUGGGGCGGGGGGGGGGACAUACUUGCUGAAAACCUUUGCAUGACUUGGAUGGUAGGUGAAUAGAUGUGUAAAGGCUGGUCUACACUAUCAAAAUUUCUGUGAUCACAGUAGGCAUUCCAUAUGUAAAUUGUAAGUUUUGAAGGAUUUGUAAGAAAUGUUUGAGGGAAUUGACUUAUAGUGUUUAACAAAGCUGUAACGAUAAUUUUACCAUCAUGAACGCAUUGGUAUGUUGUAUUUUGAGCACUUUUACAUGAAAUUUAAGGAGCAAAUGUUAAAAGAACCGAGAUUUGCAAGAACAAAAAGAUGGUAAUAUGGUUGCAACUUAAAUUCGCCCCCUUCCCCUCAAAUUUUCAGGAACUGUAUGCCACUGCGUUGAAAUAUACGAAUGUUCCUUUCUUGUUCUUAUGGUUCUGGGAAAAUGUUUUCUUGAAAAUUUAAUAGACUAAGUAUACUUGUAGUCAACAUUUUCUUGUAUGCAAUUCAAUUAGGAAAUCUGUCAUUUGAGUGUACAGAAGAUGAUAUUCGAAAUCAUUUCGACUUCGACGGUAAGAACCAUAGAUUAAAUAGAUGAGCGUAAACCAGAGUUCGACAAUUUAACUAAAAACUAAUUAGUCUUUCUCACGAGGGCCAAAAUCCGCCAUGUUGGGGGUCUUCCCUCGCAAAAGGGCUUUACCUCGGUUUAAGAACCGCACAACUUACGUCACACAAGAACCACGAGAAGCAAAAGAACCAGAAGGACCAAGAAGUUGUUAACCAACAACUUUGUAUCACUGAACUUUAAUACAGACUAACAAGUUUGUAUCAAUCAGAUCACGGGCACCAUCAAUCUCGUAUCAAAGUCGGCGUGUAGAGUUAAUUAUUUGUAGAAAAAUAUAUUAUGUAUUCAUGUGUGACGUAUUAUGUGUUCAUGUGUGACGUAAGUUGUGCGGUUCUUACACCGAGAUAAAGUCCGCAAAAGAAUCUAGGCAAUGAACGACUUUUCAACGUGCUUUUCAAUGAAUGACUUUUCAACUGUGAAAAACGACUUUUCAAAGUUGUAACUGUAAAUUUACCAUUAUACACACAAGUACAAUGAUAAGAAGUCUCAUUUCGCGGUGCUUAUCCUUUCAGGUUUGGGACAGUACCCCAAAUAUGGCGAUCUAGUAAACCGAGCGUGAGAAAGGAAAUAAUUAAAAUCAUUUUAUUUAUUUAUUUAUUUAACAAACUUAAUAGACUGAUUCUAAAACCGGCUGCGAAUAUUUGGGAUUCCAUUUAAUGAACUUCAUUAUCUUAUAUGUUUUACGUAGGUAUAUCAGACGUUAGGAUUUUAACCAAUAAAAAAACAGGAAAAUCAAAAGGUUGUGCAUUCCUGGAAUUUGGAAGCAGAAAAAUUCAAGCGGUGGGUUGUUUAUAAGCAAAAUGUUUCAAGCAGUGGGGUGUUUUUGGUGGUGUUCAUAAUUUUAAGUGUUGGUGGUUACAAAACAUGGUGGCGAAUGCGAUGCUAUUGGUAUAUAUAAUUAUAGUUGUUGUGACAGUUAUUGAGCGAUGUCGUCCAUGACUACGAUGAUGGUCGUUCUUAUCGUUGUUUUGGUAUGGUUAUGUUGUGACUUGUGAUAGGAGUAGUGAUAUGGUCGUUGUUAUAUAGGUAGUGAUGUAGUGGAAUUUAUUAGUAGAAAUAGCUGUAGUAGUAGUUGUGGCGUUGGUGGUGGUAGUUGUUGUUGUUGUGAUGCUUUUCAGUUUAAGCAUACACCUUCAAUCAUGAAUGAAUAAAGCUCGUGAGCGGAUGAGCCAGGGAGAGAUUUGUGUCGUAAUACACUCUUUCGAUAAUUAUGUCACACAUACUUUUCGGUCUUGGAGCCUCGCUCUCAUUAGUAAAUUACGCAAGGUGAUUGGCUCACGAUUCAUUAGAGCGAGGCUCCCAGACCCUAUGACGUAAUUAUCGAAAGGGUGUAUAUUAUCAAAAGGGUGUAUUUUUAAGUCGCUUCACCAUCUGCAAUCCUGAACAUAACCCUUGAGACCAUUCCAGCCAGUGUUGCAAACUUAGUCACCCCCUCUAGCUCCUUAAGUUCAAUGCUGUAAACAGCGCCGAAACAACUUUUGGUAUUAAUUUACCAUGGCUCUCAACCAGUUAUGUCCAAGAAUGUGGCAACUAGAUUGGGUCUUAUAUGCAGUUUCUCCUUCAUCGUUUUCAACAAAAUUAUUCAUUAAUUUUUCCAGAAAGCAUUAGAACUUCACCACAGUACUCUAUGUGGAAGACGGAUUAACGUGGAAGUGACGUGCGGAGGUGGGGGCAAGGGAGAACAAAGAAUGACAAAAUUAAGAAGUAAGAUUGAUAAGAUGAAAGAGAAAAGAAAGAAAGCAAAAUUAAAGAAGAAACAAAUGCGUCAAGGUGCUACAAGUGAAUCCUAAAUAAUAUCCCCCCCCCCCUGCAUUUUAUCCUGUCAACAUUAGACAGACGAUGACGUGUAGCCGAGAAGUGGACUUCUAUUCCAUCAGGUCAAACCCACCUUCAAAACUUUGAUGUCGCUCAAAAGAAAUAUUUGACAUUGAUUCUGGAUGUUGUCAAUUGGAUAUACUAGAGCCAAAUGAAUGCUAUGGAGAAUAAUCAUCCAGGACAUAAUAAUCACGCAAACGUUUUUAGACUCGAAGAUUAAAUAUCGCAGUUGAGAGGAACAAAAAACAUAUAAGUGAACAUUAAGGUGUAAGGGAUCACGCGUAUUAUUAGUUUUACGACGUAUGAUACAUGAUUAUCUAUCUGGGGCCAAUUGUUCAAAGGUGGGUUAGCGCUAACCUUGGGUUAAAAUUUAACCUGCUGUUUUAGUUUGUGUAUUUAUGUACGUCUGUUUAUUUCAAAACUUCAGAGAUGAAAACUCCUAUCGACCCAGACAACAUCUCUGAGGAAAUAUUUCCAAAUUUACGGGCAAGCUGUCAGGAAGUUUGCUCUGAAUUUUAGGUUAACCCAGGGUUAAACUAACCCAGCUUUGAACAACCAGCCCCUGAAGGUUAAUAAAUAGUUAUUUCAAUAUGAGACACUAGCUUUCUAAAAAAUUAUACUGCAUCUCUCAUUUCUAUUUUUUUACCGGUCAUUAUUUAUGGCACGGGGUGCCGCCGAAGCGAAAUGUUUUCAUGGUAAAAAUGUGGCUUAUCCAACCAUUGAAAAGCUUAAAUACCUACCCCUGGCCAAACAUUUUCCAAAGGAUACCAUUCAGUUGUCACACGUGUCCUUUACCACUUUUGUGACAUGAAUUUGAUAACUGCUUGUGCAAUUUUCAGCAGUCUAAAGAUUCAUGUUGUCUGCACAUGUACUUUCUUUGGAGACGCCAUUUGCCUCCUGACAAAUCAGAAAAUUAUCAAGAUGGUGACUCUGAUUGAUGUACAUAUUGUAUUGACAAAUGACUGUUGACAUUGCUUUUUAGUCUUCGAUAUUUGAGCGAGUCAUGCGUUAGAAAUGACAAUAUUUUUAUUAGCCAACCCUGGAGUUGCUUUUUUUUCAUUUACCCAACCUUUUACUCACUCAAAAUUGUGUUCAUCCUACCCAUUUCUCUUCGGUGCCAACCCCCCCCCCAUGUUCUCACUUUGAUAACGAUGAUUGAGAAAAAUAUUCACAAUGC